AUGUCGUCCGUGACGCGACGGAAUCAUACUCAGCCAACUGGCCUACCCACACCUCCGCACUAUACCACCGUCAGGCAGGACAGCGGACGAGAAGUCAUCGUCAUCGAAGAUACGCCGCCAAUCGAGACACGGAGUGCGAAACGAGCUCGUCAUUCUGGCUCAUCCGCUUCUGGCGCUUCCAAUCUUGCGACCCGCGCAGCCUACACGUACAGAGACCCGCCGUUUCGCACUAGCUCAAGUGCAACCAACGGCAGAAAUGGUGCACGGACAGAGCAACAGGCCCAAGCGCCGCCUUUGACCAACGGCUAUGCCGCAAAGUAUCAGGCCGCUCAGCUACCUGCACAAGUCCAACAGCUCGCUCAUGCGGGACCCUCGAACGGCAUGGGUGUACCUGCUGCUCCUGCCGCCAAGCCGGCAGCUGUCGCUUCGCGGAAGAGGAAAGUUGCGCAAGAGACACCCGCGAGCUCUUACGCUUCGCGCGUACCACCGCCACCGAUAGCGAGCAGCUCAGCGCUACCCUGUGACGACAAGGAAGGCCAUUUUAUCGUCAGACCUGGCGAAUUUCUCGAUAGGGGGAGAUACAGAAUCAUCAGAUUGCUAGGUCAAGGUACAUUCGGCAAGGUUGUCGAGGCCUUCUAUUUCAAGGAGCAGCGCACUGUAGCCGUAAAGAUCAUUCGCGCGAUCCAGAAGUAUAGAGAUGCCAGCAAAGUCGAGAUCAAAGUCCUCAAUCUGUUGCGGGAACGAGAUCCGAAAAACUCGAACAAAUGUAUUCACAUGCUCGACUGCUUCGACGAUCGAGGGCACAUCUGCAUUUCUUCUGAGCUGCUGUCUGUCAGCGUUUUCGACUUCCUCAAAGACAACAGCUAUGCGCCAUUUCCCGAUAGCCAGAUACAAGACUUUGCACGACAGCUACUCAGCAGUGUAGCUUUCGUACAUGAUUGCCGACUGAUCCAUACAGAUCUCAAGCCAGAAAACAUUCUACUUGUCGACAACGAUGCCAGAGACGUACCGCUCAAGCGUGGCUCCUCGAAGACUAAGAAAGUACUGCGGUCAUCAGAGAUAAGGCUUAUCGAUUUCGGAAGCGCGACUUUUCAAGACGAAUACCAUGCGAGCGUCGUUUCGACCCGGCACUAUCGCGCGCCGGAGAUCAUACUAGGUCUUGGCUGGUCGUACCCUUGCGACGUCUGGUCAGUCGGCUGCAUACUCGUCGAGUUCUAUACCGGCGAAGCAUUGUUCCAGACGCACGAGAACCUCGAGCACCUUGCAAUGAUGGAAGUCGUGUUUGGCCGGAUGCCUGCUCACUUGCAAAGAGCAGCACAACGAGCGAGGCCGGAAUGGUUCCGGCCAGACAAGAAGCUUGACUUUCCUCAGUCAAGCACAUCCAAGCAAAGUCGGAAAUUUGUAAAGGCGAUGAAGCCCUUGAGAGAGAUCGUGCAGCCGACCUCGAUCGUGAACCACCGGUUCCUCGACUUGCUUGAGAAGCUGCUCACCUGGGACCCGAAAGAACGGCUCACCAUCAGAGAGGCUUUGACGCAUCCUUACUUUGCGCUCAAGAUAGACGACGAGGGCUCGGCAGUAGCUCAGCCAGCACCGUAG